GGGGAGCGGGGGGUGUUACCGAUAGAACAUGUGGCACUGAGGGAAGCAGGGGGUGUUAGCGAUAGAACAUUAGUUACUGAGGGAAGCAGGGGGUGUUACCGAUAGAACAUGUGGCACUGAGGGAAGCAGGGGGUGUUAGCGAUAGAACAUUAGUUACUGAGGGAAGCAGGGGGUGUUACCGAUAGAACAUGUGGCACUGAGGGAAGCAGGGGGUGUUACCGAUAGAACAUUAGUUACUGAGGGAAGCAGGAGGUGUUAGCGAUAGAACAUGGGGCACUGAAGGAAAUGGGGGCUGUUCCUGUUAAAACAUGCGGCACUAAGGGAAAGAGGGGCUGUUCCUGAUGGAAUACAGUGCGUAUAAAAUAAAGGGUGCUAGUGGAAGGACAGGUAGCGCUGUCCAGGGAGUCACAGGCAAUCUUCUCAGCUGUUGGAGUGAGUUUUUUUUGUUGUUGUUAUUAUUUUUUUUUUUUUCAAAUUGCUGAGAUGAAUAUUUGUCACGUAGUGUCCCAGCUGGUUCUGAGCAUCUCAGAUACUCUGUCAGUGGUUUUGUGUUUCUGCCAGGUGUAGCUAAAGAUAAAUCAGAGAUAUAUAUGCAGAUGAACAACAAAUAAUGGACUGUCUAAUUUGUCUAACAUAUGUCGGACAUUUGUGUAACAUAUUUUAAAAAGUCUUUUGAUAAACAACAGCAUUUGUUAAAAUUAAAGGUAGAUAUUUAAUAACAAAAACCCCUCAGUGAUCGUUGAAGAGGUAAGAGAUGACGAAGUUGUUUUUUGAAACACGAAUGACAGCUUUAACAGCUCUAAAUACUGGGAAUUAGAUGCAUCCAUAUACUUAAAUUAAUUAUGCCUGGGCCAAGAGCUGGCAAACAAGUGUGGAUUUUCCUUCCACCUGAGCUGCCUGACAGCGUAGCUAAGAUGAAGAUGGAGGACUAUGAAAUAUUCUGUAGGAAGCAUCUUUCCAGAAUCCAAGAAGAGGCAAUAAAAGGAGAAACCUCUCUGACCGUUCAGAAGAAAAAUGUGUCUCUCAUUCAAUUCUAUGGAGUCCCUGUGCUUUCCCCUCUGCUUACUCUUGAAAGGAAAAAGGAAAUUCAGCAGUAUAAGGAGAAAGCACUGGAGCUAGAGACCAGGAAACGGAAAUCCCAGAAAAAAGCUUUAUUGAAUCGUGUUCAGGAGAUUGUGGAAAAUGUCCAGAUGAAGAAAGGACCUAGCAAGAGUGACAUGAACACAUUGGAGACUGAGAGUUCUUGCCCUGGUUUGGAUUCCAAGGCUUUGACUGACUUCACAGCUCUAUCAGAUAUCAAUUCAGUAUAUUCUCCUGAAAGACAUGGUUCCAUGGACCUGGAAAAGACACCAGAACUUAGACCAUCAGAAACUGCAGGGCAAAUGACAUCAAGUGUGACAGAAGUAGUUAAAGCAGCAGAAGAAAACGUUUCUUCCAAGCCACGUGGGAGCUGCUUCUCGGAGGACGCGCCGUGUCCGAGGGCUGCAUCUCCUGACAAGGUGUGGAACAAGCUCCCUUCUCAUGCUCUGCAGAAGCAGGAGGGACGAGUGGGGUCACCAUCAGAUGAGGAUGUCCAAGAUCCGUGUGUAAUGAGUCUUCAGAACCUGAUUAAGAAGUCCAGGGAGUACCUAGAGAAAGAGCAAAGCAAGCGUACCUCAAAGAGCAAUUCAAAGAGGAGUACGAGCGAAAGUCAUUCGGAUAAAGAAAAUGAUGGUGUUAAAACAAGUGACUCUCUGAAAGAGAGGGCAAAGGUUAUGGGCAGAAGUUCCACUGCUCAGACCCUUGAUAAACCCAGUCUUAAUAAAUCAAAUACCCUUCUCCAAGGUGCCUCUAUUCAUACAGGUAACACAAGUAUAUCCACUUUAUCCAGUUUUUCUAAAGUAGACAUACCUGUGAGAGUUGGAACACCCCCUUUGGUGGAUUCAGAUUCAGAUGAGGAACUGAAAAAGAAUUCUGUGUUUGAGCGUGACAGCAGCAUUGUCAGGAGCCUCACAAGCUCUUAUGCCAAAUUGCCAAGCCCAGAGCCAAGCAUGAGCCCAAAAAUGCACCGACGGCGCCCGAGACCUUUAUCCAUGGGACACAUCAUUAUAAACAACCCUGUCAAUGCUUAUGAGCUGAGCCCUAAAGGCAAGGGUAGAGCAAUGGAUUUAAUCAUGCAAGAUAUUGCAGAUAAAAACAACGUGUCUGAAUCAGUGCCAAAGUUCAUGGUGGACUUCAGCGCAGUUUGCCCUGGCAGAGUUGCUGGUGUCAGCAGGAAUUCCUCAGGCCCCUGUGAUGGGCUGGGGGCUGGCAAACCAAAGCGCCAUUCCUUGGGGCUCUUUGAAAGCAGAGGAACUGUGUCAGCCACGGUGGAAGGACAGGUGCUGAUGGACCACAGCAGAGGGCCUUAUAAAGUAGAGAGCAGCACUAGUAUGGCACCUCCAAAAGUGAAUGAGCCCUUUGCCAUCAGUCAGUCUGCAGGGACACAGAAGAUCCUGGCUGGGAAUGAAAUGAAACCAGCUACUUUGCCAGAAAACACUAAAUAUAAUUCUCCAAUGGAACUCAAUAAAUCUUAUGACGUGGAAAAUCCAUCUCCACUCCUAAUGCAGAGCAAGAAUAUGCGACAGCAGAUGGAUAAUACUCCAAGUGUUUCCUCAGCAAAUGAGCAGUUCCCAGAAAAUUUUGAAAAGGUAAAACGUAGACUUGAUUUGGACACUGACAGCUGCCAAAAAGAAAACAGUUCCUGUGUUAUAGGAGUUGGAAUGGAACAAGAACAAGAGCAGCAGUGGUUGCAAGAACAGAAAUAUCCUGUGGGAUCAGUUUACAUUACCAAGAAUGCAGUCCUUGAAAACAUGGCAAAAGAAGAUAUUUUAAAAACUAAAAUGCUGGCCUUUGAAGAAAUGAGAAAGAGACUUGAAGAGCAGCAUGCACAACAACUGUCAAUUCUGAUAGCUGAACAAGAGAGAGAACAGGAGAAAUUGCAGAAGGAACUGGAAGAGCAGGAGAGAAAGUUGAAAGGAAAGAAGAUUACUACAACGGAAAUAGAAAUUUCCAAAGUGAAUAUUAACAGUAGGAUGGAGUUGGAGUGGAGGAAAAAAAGUGAAAGUGGCUUGCUGGAAAGUGUGCAGUCUCAGCUGGAGACAGUCCAUAACACAAACUCCACCAGCAUUGGUUUUGCUCAUACAACACCCAGCACCUUUUCUUCAACAAGUGAAACUUCAUUCUAUCUCUGGGGACCAUCAGGUAGUGGAGUUAUAAAAACCUCAGUAUGCAGGCCAAGUAAUAGGAUCAAAACUAGGUGGACUCAGGUAUUCAGUCCAGAGAUACAAAUGAAGUUUGACAAGAUCACUGCAGUGGCAAGGGGAUUUCUCACUCGUAGACUCCUGCAGACAGAAAAACUGAAACAUCUUAAGCAAACUGUAAAAGAUACUAUGGAGUUCAUAAAAAAUUUUCAGUCUGAAGCCCCAUUGAAAAGAGGAAGUGUGUCAGCACAAGAUGCAUCCCUUCAUGAAAGAGUAAUGGCUCAGCUGCGAGCUGCCCUGUAUGACAUCCAUGACAUCUUUUUCACAAUGGAGCCGUCGGAGAGAAUGAACAUUCUGCGUCACGAUCGUGAAGUUCGUAAAGAGAAGAUGCUCAGGCAAAUGGAUAAAGUAAAGAGCCCAAGAGAGCGAGUGACACUUUCAACAGCUACACAGAAAUCUCUGGACAGGAAAAAGUACAUGAAGGCUACAGAAAUGGGAAUACCAAGUAAAAAAAUAAUUAUAAAACAAAAAACUCCUGAAAACCGCAUACUUCAACCAAACCAAGGACAGAAUGCCCCUGUUCAUAGGCUGCUUUGCAGACAAGGAACCCCUAAGACCUCAGUGAAUGGGGUUGAGCAAAAUAGAAGGAAGGCCUCAGGGAGCAGAGUGUCUUACAAGGCUGUUUCAGGAGCAUAUGCAGGAAGAACCCAAAGAAAGAAGCCAAAUGUUGUGACAAUUUAAGAAGACAGCAUUCACUGGGAUAAAAUGGCUGUGUUUUAAUGAUGGCAUUCUCAGCACUGAUUUUUAAUAUUGCAUCUUCUUUACAUAUAUGUAUAUUUAGGCAUUAUAAACCUUAGUCAUUUUCAGAUGACACAUUAACACAAUCAUAUUGAAUUUGCUUUGAAGCUCUAAUGCUUGUGGGAAAAUUGCAUGUUAGAACUUGUGUACAGACUAGUCUUAAUAUAUAAAAGGUUCAUAAUCUUGUUUAUUUAAAGAUUACCACAGGGCAACAUGAAGGCAAUUUGUGAAUUUUUCACACUUUCUAAUUCUAGUGUCUGACAUAUGCUUUUUGCAUUACCUAAAUUGCAAUUUCUGUGCAUGAGUGCCACCAUAAGUAAGUCAUGGGUAUGUAUUUAGUUUCAUACCAUGAAGUUAAAGCAGCUAAAUGUGAAAAAAACCCCAAACUUAAUUUGAACAGAGGUAUCAAGUCAGUGAAUUUGUCAAUAGCUGUUUUGAAUGUACUUUCUGGAGGAAUGAGAUUAGCUCAAUUUCUGUACUUAAGGCCUUUUACCAAAUGUUUUGCAUUUCUGCUGAGCUGAACAGACGUGGUCCAGAUUCAGUGCUGGGCUGAUGGACAUGCUUACACUGACCAGACCAAAAAUGUGCAUUUAUAUGUGUGGUAGAUCAAAUCACUCUACUGAAAGAGCCCUGGGAUUUUAUUACCCUGCUGUCUACUGCAUUUUUUUAUGGAAACAUCUGUCCAAUAUAGAGAUGUGUAUGGUCUGCAAGAACUUCAGAAGGUAAGAUUUUAACUGUUUUACCAUUUCAGACUUAAAUAGUUAUUUCAGUCUGUAAUAGUAAUUCAGAUAUGUUACAUUGAAUUGAUGACACUUGCAGUUUUUCUGAGCAGUUUAUCUUCUGUACUUGUACAGGCCCUUGUACUGAAGUCGUGAUUCCUGGAGGUGGGGAAUACCUACCAAAUCCCAACACUUUCAUAUUUAUGAAUAUUUAAUAUUAAAAGAUCAUGGUCAUAUUUUACAUUAGUCUUCCAACGUGGAUAUUGUCCAUCAACUUGAGGAGAGCAUAUUUCUCCUCCUUUUAAUGAAUUUCAGGUAUGAAAUGAACAAAGUUCUAGGGAGAAAAGCUCAGCUGUAUCAUCUUUGCAGAUUGCAGAUUUGCAUAAUGACUGCCAGAAUGUAAAUUUGUGGUGUGUUGACAUGAAUAUAAGAGAAAAAAGACUAACUGAAAAUUUCAUGGAGGUAAAUAGCAUGAAAGAGGAACAUUAAUGAUGGGAUGGGGACAGUGCAUGGGCAGUGAUGAGUGGAUUGGCUUGACUGUGGCACCAGCCUGUGGCUUUUAUCUGUCACCAGGUCUGUGCUCUGCAGCUCCUGGUGCUGUUCAGAACAGGUGUGUUGUACCAGGCACCAAGUUACCAAUUGCACGCUGGAAAAUGGCAAAAACCACUGCCCAAGCAGCUUGGAGAAUGACACUGCUAGGUUUGUUGGAAACCUGGGGCCAGGGGCCCUGAUGGUGUAAACAUAAGAGUUUACACCAGUGAAGACCUGCCUCCCUCAUAAAAAUACUGUGGUGCUUUAAAAUCUCACCUGUAAUACAGAAAAUGCCCGGGGCAGGUUUCUUGCUCACCUGCUGGGUAUCAAAGCUGUGUUUUAGUUCCCAGCUUUCCUUGGGACUGGAAACCAUCUCGUGAGGGGAAGAAUUUACAGUGACAAGGGUCACCUGUGUAAAAGAUGACAAAAGGUGCUGCUGAUGUGGCAGCACUAACGAUUGAUGUUUUUAAUGUGCUGUAUUUAUUAUUAGCAUAGGCAAUAUGUUGAUGCACAGAUAGGUUUAGUGUGUUAGUAGAAAUGAAUGUUUCCCUUCUCUUAGGGUUUCACACCUAAACCUCUUGUUCUUCAAGCAUGUUUCCAGUGUGUAAUAAAGCAUUAUAGCACAAGGGUUUUAUGUUUUUUUUUGUUUGUUUGUUUGUUUUUAUUUUUUUUAAUUUUUUUUUUGUUUUGUUUUGUUUUUUGGUUUUUUUAACUUUCAUGAGGCCUUUCUCCUGACAAGUGCCAGAAUUUGGUUUUGUACUUGCUGUUUUGUAUUUAUACAUAUUUAUCUUUUAAUUUAGUGUGGAAUUGUGAUACCAUGACAAAAGCCUAUUUAUUUUUGUACUGUUUCAUUUUCAGCGGUCUCGCUCUUUACCUGCAGCGUUGUGCACAAUAAACUCUUUAACCCUU